GCUUGCAGGGAAGUGUCGAGCGUUCUUCCUCGCCGCAUAGCGCGGCACCGGUUUUCGCGCUUCGCGUCCUCUCCAGCUUUCGCGGUUUUCCCGGACAAUAGCUUCGCGAUUUGUGCUUCCAGCUUAGUUCGCACUGGUUUUUUUUUAAUUUUUAAACUGCAUAAACACGCCCGGACAGGCCUGGCACAGUUUUAAAUAAGAAUUUUCGUAUGGUCGUUUUAAUCAAUCUCAGAUUCUCAUCUUUUAAUUAAUCUCCGUUUAUAAAUACAUAAACCUGAAGUGACAUAAAUUUCUAAUUAAGCGUGUUGAUAUUGUGAAUAGUUCAGUGAUUUUCGACGUACCGGUCCGGAUAUUUGGAUUGAGCUUUUUUCGGAUUUUCUCGUUUGGCAAUACAGGUUCAGGAACGGUGGAAUGUGAACAAUAAAAUAAUGACCCCCACUGAACUGCAGUCUGAGUGCAUCUGCCGCACCAUGCAGGAUCAAUGUGAACCAUGAGUAUUAGGAGUGGAGGGGGUGGUGGUAGGGCACCCCGAGUCGGAUCAAGAUGCUCGUGGAUCCUCCAAAGAAACUUGGCCAUCACCCUAGUCAAAAGAGGUCUCCUCCAGAAUCAACAAACUCAAUCGAAGAGUCCGUCCAAGGAGGUUGGAGAUCAUGCCUCGUCAUUUUGGAUGUAUGAUAGUGGAUACUUGGUUUUCCAGAGCUUUUUGGAUGCAAAUUCCAAGUGUUUCUGGAAUCCCUCGCUCAUGGAGGCGGUGAGAGUGCUGGAAUUCCAAGGAUACGUGGCCCCGGGUGUCCUCCUGGUCACGGCGAACCCCUGCGCGCUGGAGAUCAUCCGCUCGGCGUGGUCACGCAACGUCCUCAAGCCCCCGGCCAAUUAUUCCAUUUCUGCCCUCGGGGAUGUGGAGGAUUGCUUGGUGCAGCCAAUCAGCCAGGGGCAGUUUACCCCAUUGCCGGAGGCGCUAUGUUGGGUCAUCCUGGAUCUAACUUCAAGCGGACAAGCGGCAGUUUUGGAAAAUAUACGCGCCACUCUGCGACUAGCUUUUCCCGAUAUGGAGUGUCCCUCUGAGGAGAUAGUCUACGAUGCCCUAGCCAAACUAAUGACUGAUAAAGUGGUUUAUCAGACAUCUCGGGGGUACUUCGUGGUGACGCCGGAGACACGGCGACUCUACUCCAAGUACGGGAGCAGCAGUAGCAGCAGCCUGGCCGGCGGCGGGGGAGGCGGCAGGAGUCGCUACGCGCGGGGCCCCUACGAGGACGGCGAGAAGCCGUUAUUGCUGUCCCCCGACGAAGCCCUCGUUCGCGCCCUCGGCGACAUGGAGACCAUCCGCGACGGUGACCUCACCCAUCAAGCGGUUCAAACCAAUCUCGCUGAUAUCAUCUGCAAAGGAAAUCCGAAUGAUAAAGUCCUCUACGCGAGGAAACCCAGUAAAAGGAGUCAAAGUUUACCGCCGCGGAAAUUGGAACGGAGGCAUUCUCUGAGAAUCUCGGCCAGCUCCAAGCGACAAGCAACUUUGCAACGAAGUGGUUCGUUGAAAUACAUACCGACUGAAACUACCAUCAAAUCAGAUAGGCCGGUCACAAAGCGAUCGACCUUUUCGCUGUUGACAAGAUUCUUCCGGAGUAGUCUCCGACUGAAGCAGAAUUCCUCUCUCAAUUUGCCAUUCUCGAAUCAAAGUCCACCACCCACCGAGUGGUUCAACAAAAGUGUCGCUCAUCUCCACUCUGUUGGGACUCAAACUUGCAAUUUGUCGGAGACCGGGAGCGACAGCUACCUGGGCCGCUCGUACCGGAGCUUCCAAAGCUGGGACAUGGAGGACCAAGCCCUCUCCCGAUCCUCAACCCUCUCCCGGCACCGGAAGCACCACGACCUCUCGUCCAGCGUGGUGACGAGCCCGCAGGUGCACACCCCGCGGCGAGCCCCGCACAGCGCCACGUUACCACGCCGCCUCAUCGGCAUGAGCAGCCUCCAGUCCGCCUCCAACCACCCCUCCCCGGCCGCCUCCCAGCUCUCCAUCCCCCAGACGACGGCCUCCAUCGGCUCCGCCAAGUCCGUCAUCGAGUCCCGCGGGCUCUGCUCCCCGGUCGCCAAGUCCAUGUCCAGCUCCUCCUCCGGCUACAACUCCCUCCCGCGCUCCACCACGAGCAAGCACCGCUUCCUCAACUACAACCCCCAGUCCCCCUACGAGAAACCCAAACUCUCCGGCUACUCCACCCCAAGCGAGAGCUCCUUCACCGUCAAGGUCCUCAGUCAGAACGGGCAGGGGAGCAACCGCUACUGCAGCGACAACCAGCCCAACGGUAACCUCUCGUACAAGUCCACCGUCGACUCGUCGUCCAACAGCGACCACAACUCAACAACCUUAACAACGACCAUCAACGGUGGAAAUAAAACUCGCAUCUUCGUCCAACAACAGAACUCCCCGGUGCGGUCCCUCAUCACCCUAGAGAACGGUUACCCGAAGAAAGGUAGCUCGGAGAAACCCAACACCGAUAACAUUAUUAUCCUGAAUGGCGGGUCCUUGGACCGAGGCAGCAAACACUCACUCUCGAAGGAGACCCACAGGCCGCAGCGGGCCCAGAACGAAAGGCCGUCGUCCUUGUACUCGAAGGAAACGAAUCUGGACGAUUUCAUGACCGUCGACCGACCCAAGUUCUCGGAGAGCCACAUGAAGAUGAAAUUCCCCUCGACGGAGACGAUCCAGCUGGAGGAGAAGUGUUUGGAUUCCCUGAUCGACGGCAAGACGAAGCCGCUCAACGCUACGUCACCCUGGAAGGAGACCGAGAUGAAGAUCAACGGUUUGAUUGAUGCGAUGAGCUUAUCAAGUUUCAGCAGUGAAACUCAGUUGAAUAACGCUCGGAAGGCAUCUCUAGUCACCAAACCCCUCGUCUCGAGCGACCGGGACAAGCUGAUCGACUCCAUCAGCUACAAGAACCUCCUGAAGGAUUCGGCCGAGGACCCCGAUCAACAGAAGAAGAACAUCAUCAGGUCCAGGUCGCCGAGCCCGACCAAGUCGUGCAACGACUUGACGAAUCCGGUGACCUUUCCCCUCUCCUCCUUCGCAUCCGCGCUUGCCCUGCUGAAGCAGUCGACGGCGCCGCACGGCAAGUUGGAUAUGAAGAGUGACGAGAUCAUUUUCCCGGACUUGAACGACUUCCCGCUCAACUUCACCUCCCUGGCGGCCCAGAACAUCCUGAACGGGAUCAGCCUCAACUCGGUGGACACCCUCGUCGAGGUCAACAUGGCCGCGGACAAGCUGAACAAGAACAAUAUCGACUCCACGCAGUCCGAUCUGGGUUUAGUCUGAUGUGUGCCAAAUGGACUACAAAAUCGAACGGGCCAUCUCGAAAAGUCUCAAGCGCUAAUGGACGUAUUUCUGUCAAACGGAACUAAGCGCCAAUUUGAGUUCCUUUUGAGGAAUUUUGAAUGCCGGAUAGCGCGUUCUGGCAAACGGAACUAAGCGCCAU